AUGAGUGCUAAGCAUAAUGGCCUUUGGGUUGGCUCCCUCAUCUUCGCUGUCCUUGGAUUAGGUUUUGGAGUUCUACUAUCUAUUUAUGUUUACUUCAGAACUAAGGACAAGACCGAAAAUGGAAAAUAUCAAAAAGAGAACGCUGUAUUGACCUUCUUCAUGACCCUCUUCGGAGCUUUCUGAAUGUGGGGAAUGUGGAUAUGCGUCUACAUGCACCAGAUGAACCCGCUUAUACUCCCAUUCGUAGAAACACAAAUCCCAGAAUAACAAUGGUAUUGCAUGAAUAAC